AUGUAUGGCAUUGAUGGACAGACAGAAAACACAGAGCGCGAGCACACGUGUGGCACCGCCAGCAUCUCGGCACAUGCGUGCGAGCGCCGGGCAGAGCCCGAGCCGCAGCCGCCGGCCGGGACGGGCCGCCCCAUCUCACCCCCCCGGGGCCCGCCGUGGCCGCCCUCGCCUCCGCCCCCUCGGGGCCGGAGCACCGGCACCGUGUCCCGACCCCCCCGCAGCGGCGGCGCUCGGUCCCGCCGCGGGACAGCCGGGGCUGCGGGGCGCGCGGCGGAUGCGGAGGGCGGGGGAGCGGAGCGAGGCACCGGGGCCGGGGUCCGGCCUUUGUCUCCCGCUCCAGGGGCCGGCAGGACCGCGGCUGCCCCGGGGCCGGGCUCGGGGCGGGGUGCGGCUCUCCCGGUCCGGCGGGACAAGCCGCAGCCGCUCCGGUCAACCGAGGGCGCUGCGGGGCGAUCCCGGUCCUCGCGGCGGGUGGCGGACCCCCCCCCCUUCACCUUCCCACCGCCGCUCCCGCUGCCCCCGCGGCUCCUCCCCGGCUCUGCGGCGGCUCGGCAGGUGCCCGCCUCCGCCCCCGCCGGCCCGUCCCGCCGCACACGUGCGCCCGCGCCCCGCCGGCCCUUUGUCUGGGACCGGCACCGGGACCCGCGCCCACCGACACCCCGUACCCCGCCCCGGCCACUCGCCCCCCCCGCUCCGCUAUCCCGUGCGGGGCCGUAUGGCCGGGGAGCGGGGAAACGGGGGGGGAAGAGGCGGCCCAGCCAGGGAAGCGCAUCCCACCGGAGCCGGGGCGGGGGGGAGCAGCUGCCCCGGGACCGGGGGUGGGAGUGGGGGGGGAACGACCCGUCGGUGGCGGCGAGGCCGCUCUAA